GUUUGUUCCGCUGUUUAAAAUUGGCGCCGGCGGAGCGUUGCGGUCACGUGACGAAGCGUCGCCAAUCGGCGCCGGCCCUUGUCUCCGCGUUCCGGGCUCGAACGCGGCGGCAGCUGGGGGAGCAGCGGCCCGGACGCCUCCCGGCGGGCAUGGGUUGGAAUUGGAGCUUCUUCUGGUACCUGACUACACCCAGCACCAUGUGGCUACUAACGGCUCUUCAAUCACCUAUUGAUGCCUCCCCGAAAAAAACGCCGCCAAACAUCCCAGAAAGCCCAGCUGCUAUUCCACCAACAGCCCCUGGAGGGCCCUAAACACCGCUAUAGAUCGCCACAGCUUCCCAUCACCCACACUAGACAGGUGCCCAGCAAGCCCAUUGACCACAACACCAUCACUUCCUGGGUAUCACCUCAGUUUGAUACAACAGCAGAAAGCUGGUUCCUAGCCAACAGGAAAGGGAAACAUCAUCACCGAGACCAGCCAAGACAUUCAAAUCGAAAAUCUGCCACCUCCAAGUUUCCACAUCUAACAUUUGAGAGUCCACAGUCUUCUUCCAGUUCAGCCACACUUGGAGGCCCCUUAAUCCAGCAGAGCCCCAAUCACUCAGUAAAGGACAUUUCCGGAAGGCCCAUAGUUCCAAUGCUCAGUCCCCCAAGCUAUGGGGAAAUGUCAGCACAUGAACUUCAAAACUUACCUUAUAUGUUCAUUGCACCUGAUAUCCAGACCCCAGAGUCAUCUUCUGUGAAGCAGGUGGGGCUUCCCCCAGAUCAGAAGGAAAACAGCCUGCCAAGCUGCUCCCUUCACACUAGCACUCCUGAGAGCCCAGAGCCUGGGCCUGUUCUGGUUAAAGACACCCCUGAGGAGAAGUAUGGGGUGAAGGUCACGUGGAGGAGACGACGGCACCUGCUCACUUACCUCAGGGAGAGAGGGAAGCUCAGCAAAAGCCAGUUCCUUGUGAAAAACUGACUGGAUUACAUCAGUAAUCUCAAGAAAUUGAUUGCUGCUGUUCAUAGAGUUGCUAAAGUUACUUUUCUGACUUACAGAAAAGUUCAUCAAUAGAAUAAAAUGGAAAUAAUACCAAUAACAUCAAGAAAAAAGGUAUUUUAACCAGAACCUUGGAUGGAAUUCAGUUCCAAGAUUUGCUUUUAAAAAUUUAUAAACAGUUUUUAGUGUUUUAUGUUUUUCUUGUAUUAACUGUUUAAAACUUUAAAAUAUCUUGUAGUAACUGUUUAAAUUGUGUUUAAAUAAAUGAUUGCAGAAAGUUUUUAGAGA